UUGGUAGUAGGGAGAAAGGCGCACUUAGAAUCCCUAUUGUGGAUGACCCCGAUCAUACGAAUGUUUAACAACCACUGAGUGGACGUUUAACACCUAUGAAAAAUGUGGUGACUAGUUUGAGAGGGAAUUAUCAAGGUGUAAAAUAGGGGUCUGUUCUUGAAAUUUGUUAGUCAAUGAGCAAAGGGCUGACUCUUCAUGGAUGGCAAUUACAGAAAUAAACUGGCAGAUACGAAAUAUAAUUUUAAACAUUAUAAAGAUUCCUUUGAAAUAUAAUAAAAAGAAAUUAGAAUAUAGAAUUUAAUUCUAUGGAUAUGAACUAGGAGUGGUCGCCAAAAGAAGUUGUGGUUUCUUUGUUAAGAGUUAUAUCUAAUGCUUCUAAUUACAAACAUGCGUUUAUAUUUAUCUAAUCGGUUCUUUUAUCAAUAAAAUGACCUUGUAAAAUAAUUAUUAUUGCAGAUCCACAUAACAGAAAAUGUAAAGCAAUGUUCAAACUUCUACAAAUAUCACAAUUAUGAAAAGUAACUCAAAUAUUGCAACUUCACAUAACAACUAAAGAAAAAAAAAAGGAAGAAAACAUGAAACAAAAGGAUAUUUAAAAAAAUCUAUAAUAAUUAUCAAUAUUAUACAUUUAUGCUAAAAAUGCAAUAAUGCGUAUCAUCGGGAAGAUACAUUGGAGUAAAAUGUAAGAUGAAAGAAAUUACAAACAAUAUCGCUAUCGUUUCUCGCGGAAUGAAAGGUCGGGAAAAAAAGGCCAGGCUAAGAAAACAUUCAAGGAUCGGUCGCCAAGAUGACUCACAUCUAAACUGGAAGCUCCAACCGCAUCGUCCUCUCUCUGUAUACGUCAAGAGUGGCAGCAACUUAAUCGCGUUCCUCGAGAUCGCAAACGCGUCACGUAUAUAACCGAUGCUCGACCGAUCUGUUCCCUCAAUCGUGAUCUAAGUGUCGCCGAGAAAGGAAUUCGUUGUUGUGGAUUUCGAUAUCUUCAGUUGAGAAACUUUAAUCUUUGCGCCAUGUGGACUGCACUCGUGGUUCUGUUUCUGAUGGCAUCGUUCGAUGUCAACUAUGCGGUAUCAUUGAACGCAGAGCUUUCCGAUCCAACUGUGUCACGAUUGCGGACUGUAGGAGACAUACCAGACAGGCUUCCAAGGAAAUUCAGGGAAAACAGUCGAACUAGGAGAUUGCAUAUAGAAAAUCAACAUGGAUUUGAUGGGAAAGUGGAAAAGAUCCAUAUUAAUUCCGAAGAGGAUCUUCCUGGAAUUCGGGCGUAUGGAGUGCAAAAAAAGAAUUUGGAGAAUAAUGGCUAUAUUGAAAAGAAGACACAGGAAGAAAUUAUAAAAGAUAUUGAGGACACUUCGAGGGUUGCUCGUACGGUCGAAGCCUACGGAAAAACCAAAGAGCAUCUCGAAAUGAACGGUUAUAUUGAAAGGAGUAAUUCUCAGAAACCUCCAGCCAGCUAUCAAAUUCCAUCGAAUCAAAGAUCCAGAAUAACCAGAUCCAUCGAAGCAGAAACAAAGCAAGACAAUCUAAAAAAUGAUCCAGAAGACCUAGAAGCUCAAGAUGCCAAAAUUUUUAGGCCACUGUUCGUGUACAGGCAACAGGUGGCUAGAAGGCAGCAUCGAAGAAGAAAUCAUGUUCACAGUUUCCCAGUUGGUUGGAAAUCUUAUUACAACUAACAACCAGCUUACUGAAAUUCUUUCCAUCAAAUCGCUUUUUUCUGUCUCAAUCGCUUGGAACAACAUCAAAAUGCGAUAAGGCAACGCCCGACUGUUUUACGAAAGAUAUGCAAACAAGAAAUCGGUAAAAUGUUUGCGUUGCGGAUCCUUGAAGUCGCCUAAUUAUCAUAAUAAUUAACCGAUUGAGUCAGCGUCACUUUGUGCCAUAAAAGAAGAAAGCGGUUGUUGAAGACUGGCGACUGGAAAUGAGUUACUACAAUGAUCGAAAGCGCGAUAAACGAAUGAUGUAAAUGCCGGAUAAAGAACUUUACCAAAUAGUAUUACGAUUAUUGAUGAUGGAAUCUAUAGUUUAUUAGUAAUUAGAUAACGAUUAAUUAUUAAUGAUAUACGAUAUUAUUAUUUCACAUUUUGAUAUUUUGUUACACUACGUGUUGUAAGGAAAAUAAAUUAAAUUUGAAUCUACA